AUGGCGUUGCGAAACUACGUCCAGCGUCGUAAUCAUAAAGAACGCAGUCAGCCUGAGCACAGGAAACAUUUGGGUCUCCUGGAGAAACACAAAGACUAUGUGGAACGUGCGCGUGCUCAUCAUAUCAAGCGUGAUAAGCUGCAACGCUUGCGCCAAAAAGCGGCUGAUCGCAACCAAGAUGAAUUUUAUCUCGGUAUGAUCGGAAAGAAGACAGAAAAAGGUGUCCACAUCGAAUCAAGAGGAAACAAGGCGCUGGACAAUGAUGUCGUGUCUCUGUUGAAGACGCAAGAUGCAGGAUACUUGCGCAAGCAACUCAAUUCAGAGCGGAAAAAGUACCAGGCUCUCAUAGAGGAACUGGCGCCGCGUGUGCCAGGUAUGCGUCUAGCAUACUUGGAGAAAAAGCCAGACUUGGUUACAGCGUUGAGGAAAGCGAAUUUGCUGGGCGAUGUACAGACCAGCUCUGCCUCCGCACAACAGCAGGGCCGUGUGCAAGGCUUUGGCAAAAAGACCAAGUGGGUUGACGAUGUGGAAGAAUUGAAACAAGUGGCUAAGGAGAACCGGCGCAAGUCCAAGAAGAAGGAGACCCUGGAGGAAGAACAGGAUGAGCGUUUGGUGCAGGCUGAGAAAAUCGGAGAGCGACAAUUAUCCAUCAAAAUCAGAGAGUUGGCUACAAGGCAGCGUCGUAUCGAUGCCCUCACCGAGGCCUCGCAAAAGCUUGAUGUGGUUCGUUCGCUUAUGCGCACACGUGGCUCGCAUGCUGUGCCAAAGAAACAAGUGCAAGAGCUGAAAGACGCGGUCGGGAAACGCGGCGCAAAGGUGACGUCGCGCGGACGAUGA